GUAUCAUCAGUGAUGCUAAGGAAGAGGCCGCUGAUGAGACUGCGGAUCCCGUAAACCGGGUGGCUAAGCUGACGCUUGAGAGUGCUGAUGGCUCUUUGGACCUCAGUAUUAGGAAGCAUCAGGAUUUACUACGCCGACUUAGAAGAUGGCAAGCGAAGGCUCUGAAGAAGGCGUACCAAGAACCCUCAUGGGAAGAAGCUUGGUUGAGUCUUUUAUUAUGGAAGCAGUCUUCUUCGAAGGAGCUUUCAUUAAUUAAGUCAGUCAUCUUGGGUACCACCGACGCUGAGGGUAAGCACAAG